AUGAGUGACCACCUCGUGUUGUACGUUGACCGUCUCCUCAGGCCCAUGGCCGCACAGCAGCCGUCGGAGCCUCCUGAGGUCAGUUCUGGGCCGGAGCCGGCUGGACCCGACCCGGUCCCGGACACUGCUGACCCGUCUUCUAGUUCGUCAGCCGAGGGCGCGGAGGAGGAGGAGCCACUGAUUCAGACGGCGGAGUGUCGCAUUUGCCAGGAUGAGGAUAGCAUUAGCAAUUUGGAAUCUCCUUGUGCCUGUUGUGGCAGCCUCAAGUAUGCUCAUAGAAAGUGCGUUCAGCAUUGGUGCAAUGAGAAAGGAGAUAUAACUUGUGAAAUUUGUCAUCAGACUUACCAACCUGGCUAUACUGCACCUCCUCGUCCGCCAUCUGAUGAAACUACUAUUGAAAUUGGUGGAGGCUGGACCCUUUCUGGCACUCCUUUGAGUUUGGACGAUCCACGCAUCCUGUCAAUUGCAGAGGCAGAACGUCAGUAUCUGGAUACUGAAUAUGAUGAAUAUUCUGCUUCAAGCAGUAAUGGAGCUCCAUUCUUCCGUUCAGCAGCCUUAAUUUUAAUGGCCCUUCUGAUCUUGCGGCAUGCACUGAGAGUCACAGAUUCCGACAAUGGGGAUGACACGUCUGCUAUUUUCUCUCUUUUCUUGCUUCGAGCGGCUGGAUUUCUUUUGCCCUGCUAUAUUAUGGCUUGGGCCAUCAGUAUCUUGCAGCGUCGACAGCAAAGACAGGAGGCUGCAGCAUUGGCAGCAACACAAGUCGCUUUUGUUCUUCAAUCUGGACAACAUAUGGGUCUACAAUUUGCAGUAGGAUCAGGACCUAAUGGGAGUCCACAACCUGAAACUGCCUAA